AUGGCCGUGACAGAUCCUUGUAAAGCUCGCGAACCGAAAGUAAUUGAUAACGCCCUUAUCGAAAGAUGCAUCGAUUUGCAAUUUCCAAAAGGAAAAGUGGGAAUGUUGAUGCGAGCCGAUGGAAUGCGUAUGGAUCAAAUCGAAGAGAUGAGGUUUGAAUUUAUGAAUAUUCUUAAAAUCGAUCAUCUUUGGGUAUUUAAAUCAUUGGUUAAACUGAAAUUAAACAACAAUUACAUAGAAAAAAUUGAAAAUUUAUCGAUGUUAGUUCAUUUGGAAGAAUUAGAUUUAUCAUUUAACAAAAUAUCGAAAAUAGAAAAUGUGGAAAGUUUGACGAAAUUGAAAAAAUUGAAACUAUAUGAAAAUUUGAUCGAAAAAAUAGAAGGUUUGGAUAAUUUGAAACAUUUAGCCGUACUCAGUUUGGGUAGGAAUAAAAUAUCGGACAAAACGGAAAUACAUUAUUUGAGACAAUUCAAUUUGAUAUCGUUAAAUAUGGCGUACAAUCCUUGUACGGAGGACGAAAAUUUUAGAUUGUACGUCGCCGUUUUUUUACCGAAUAUGGAUUAUUACGAAUACAAAAAAAUAACCGACACCGAACGGGAACAAGGCAACAUACUGUUCCUCGCCGAAUUGCGCGAACUUGUAAAAAUCGAAGACAAAAAAUUAGCCGUGAUACGACAAAAAGAAAAAGAACUAGCAGACGCCGAACUACAUUCCUCAAGCUUCGUCGAAUAUAUGAAUAGCCAAUAUUUGUUCGAUAAAAUGUAUGAAAACGACGACGAGGGUAAAGCGUUACUGAAAAUCGGUACGGAAGAAUUGGAAGAGAUUUAUAAUGAUUUCAAAACGCAAUUCGUCGAUUAUUGUCGACAAGUUUUCGAAAUCGGUCAAAAACAUUAUCAAUUACGAACGGACGAAAUCGAACAGUUCACCAGAAGUACCGAAGCCGCCAAGAAAGCUAAUCAACAAGAAAGUAUCGAUUUUAUGGAAGCUUUCAUCGAAGUUAAACAAGAAUUGUUUGUUAAAGUGAAAGCGUUACAGAAGGAAUUAGACGAUGCCGUUAUAGAUGAUAAUAUAUACGUUGAAAAGGUGGAAGUGUAUUUUUCGCAAUUCGAUCACAUAAUUCACGACACAUGGAAAAAUUUGAUGAGAUUGGAAUUGCAACUUUACGAAAGUUUAGAAGAAGUCAAUCAGAAUUUCGAACAUAAUCUAACGGAAAUGAUAAAUAAUUUCGUAGAGGAAUCGCAGGCGGUUUUUACGAAUAUCCGCGAUAAAGAAGUAGUUUUUACCGAAAAUUUAACCGAAGCGGCGAAUCAAUUUUUCACUAGUGCUAACGUAGGCGACGUCGAGGUACCUGAGGUUUUGAAAGUUAUAAUGUCCGAUAAAGAAAACUUGGUAAACGCUUUGGGGGCCACUCACGAUAUCCACAUGCAAGUUAUAGACGAUAGAGAAGAUUUGUUGAUGAACAGAUCGAGAACGUGGUUGGAUAAUUUCAUAAAACAAUUAUACGAAGACGAAAUUAAAAGGAAUCGGUACAAAAUUUUGGAAGUUACCAAUUUUUUGGACAUACAAAGGGAGGAAUUCGAAGAUAUGACGACGCUACCGCCUCCGAUUGUUGAUCCUGACGACGUUAUCGAAGAUUAG